AUGGAGAAGAAGUUUGGGAUGGAGGAGAAGUUUGGAAUGGAGGAGAAGAACCAAAGUAUGGAGAAGAAGUUUAGGAAGGAGACGAAGUCAAGGAAGAAGAAGUUCUGGAUGGAGAAGAAGUUAAGGAUAAAGAAGAAAGUAUGGAUGGGGAAGAAGUUUGGGAUGGAGAAGAAGUUUGGAAUGGAGAAGAAUCUACUAAUUAAGGAAGCAGAAGAAGUUAAGGAGGAUGGAGAAGAAGUUAGGGAAGGAGAAAAAGUGAAGAAUGAAGAACAAGUUAGGGAAGGAGAAGAAGUUAAGGAUGGAGAAGAAGUUAGGGAUGGAGAAGAAGAAGUUAAGGAUGGAGAAGUAGUUUGGGAUGGGGAAGAAGUGAAGAAAGGAGAAGAAGUUAAGGAAGAAGAAGAAGAAGUUUCGGAUGGAGAAGAAGUUAAGGGUAAAGAAGAAAGUAUGGAUGGGGAAGAAGUUUGGGAUGGAGAAGAAGUUAAGGAUGGAGAAGAAGUUUGGGAUGGAGGAGAAGUUUGGAAUGGAGGAGAAGAACCGAAGUAUGGAGAAGAAGUUAAGGAAGAAGAAGUUUAG